AUGUAUCAGUUUGGGGGUCCCUGGACCCUAGUUGGCAUUUUUCUCUAUGUAUCAUAUGCUACAAUCAAUGUCUUUCUCGUCUUUUUCCGUAAGCAAUCGUUGGCUGACGCCGGCUCUCGGGCAGGGGAACUAGCCCUGAUCAACCUGAUUUUUCCGUUAUCUACGAUCCACCUAAGUUAUCUCGCCGAUUUACUAGGAAUUACCUGGCGUACAUGUUGCAGAAUUCACCCAGUUCAGAUGCGGGGAUUUAGCUUUUCGUUCCACGAAUCGGCAAACCUUUUCACAAUGCUUGGGGCUAUCUCACUGGGUAUCCUUGCUCUACUUGCGAUCCCAUGGUUUCGCCAUCAACGGCAUUUCCCCAGCAUCUACCUCUUCAUUGCAUUGAGUAUAUUUGCUUUUACGUCUUUCUUACAACUAGUAACCUUUUUAUAUUUUAACGGGCUGCUAGCGGGCCGCGGCUGUCCUAAAGCCCUCGUAUCAUUUAGUGUGAGGGAAGCUAAGGAGGACAGUUCUGCAGUAACAGCGAUUCGGAUUCGAAUUCUCCUACCUCGAUCCGUGAAGGUGCAAGCUGGACAAUACAUCAAUCUUUGGAUGCCGUCAGUCAGUCUGCGGUCAUGGAUGCAGACACACCCGUUCACUGUCACAUCAUGGUCUAGAGAUCACCAGGAUACUAUGGAACUUCUCGUGCAGCCACGCCAUGGUUUAACCGCGGAUCUUCUUCGCUACGCUCCUGCAGCUGCUGAAAGCUCGAUUUCCUUCUUAGCAUUCUUUACCGGUCCUCAUGGAAUUAGAUUUGGAAUUGCCACGGUAAUUCCAUACUUGAAAAAAAUGAUCUAUGGCUAUAAUACCUGUACCUCCCAGGUUCGCCGACUGCAUUUGGUCUGGCAGGUAGAGCUGAUCAGUGAGAUUAUUACAGCUCAGGAUCUGCUAAAUAAUCUAUUGAAGGAUGACAUCAUGGAUAACAGCUAUAUAUUCAAUAUCUUAAUUUACGUUGCGAGCGGCCUUGAAAAGGUAAUCUCGUAUGAGGCGUCCAGAGAGCAGAUUGAGAGAUUGCCCAAUAUCCAGGAUAAGUAA